GUUGGCACUGGACGUGCACUUUAGCCGACCACACAGUAUCCGCCACAGCAACUAUGAUUGGCUGGAAACGACGUUCGUAUGUGCCGGAGGCAGUGGCAUUCAUCUGCGGUACUAACAAACUGAAAAGUCAACAGGAGAUGCUCGAAAGAAUGCAAGAUAAACUGGUGUCAUCACUCAAGAAAUUUACUGUACAUGAGAGGAAUGAAAUACUUUGCGAAAUGAGAGUCACUGAGCUGGCAGCGACAAAAGUGAUUGAAGCCUUUCAAGAUGAGCUCAUAACAAUAUUUGAUCUGAUGAGGGAUGUUAGCCACGAAGUCAAGGAUGAUGAAAAACUUAAAUCUCAUAGUAUCACCUAUUUUCGCCAGAAGCUAACUGCAUUGGAAACAAAAAUAUACAAGUUGAAAGAGGAAUGUACUAGGGAGUUGAAUAAACUGGAGGAUGAGGAAGGAGCAUUAACAGUGGAGACUGAGUUUAUGGAAACAAGGAUGGAGAAUUGGGGCAAAACAAAUAAACUAAGGGAGGUGCGGAGAGCGCAGAGUGCUAGCAAGAUCAACUGCAGUUGUACAACAGAUCAACUAUGUCCAGAGAUCAGAAAUUUCUCUCAAUUUGUUCAACGAUAUGGAGGUCACAAUGGAGGCUGGAAAGAGGAGGACCAUCUUAUGUAUUUGAAAUUUAGGCAGAAGCAUGGUCCCAAAGAGACAGCAGUUCUAUUAAAUCAGAACUUACCAGAAGUAAAGUUUGAGAUGAACAAUAGACUUUUCCAUCCACUGAACAAAAGAAUGAAAGAUUCAUACAGUACGGAACAACAGAAAAUUAGAAAGGAGCAGGAGUUACAGGAAAAAUUGGAAGAAGAGGAAAUGAAAAAGAAAAUCAAUAGUUUGAAAAGAAAGGAGCAGGAAAAGAGGAAAGCAUUCCUAGCUGAAUAUAGGCGUGAGAGAGACAAUUGUGAACAAGCUUUGCAGAUUGCAAAACAGACAGAAGAAGAGCGAAGAAGGCAUUUGGCUGCGCUACAGGCAAAUUCAAUGUUGAGACAGUUCAGACAUGAAGAUAUGAAGUAUGUCCUUCGAAGGAGAGAUUUGCUCCAGCAAAAACAAGACAGUGAUUCAAGAAGUACAACCAGUACUGCAUCCUCUAUCUCAGUAAAAGUGAAAAGAGAUCCAGAGAGACUUUUUCAGCCAACUAAAGUUUGGCAAAUGAGGGCAACAAAACCAAGUGACGACUUUCAACAAGACCUAGUGAAACCCAUCAUUCAUCUUCAUAAUAUGCCUCAUUUGAAAAUUCCAAAGUGGCGCCAAGGACUGACAUUUGAUAUUUGAAAAUCUGGGGAAAGCAUUUGAUCAGCAAUGUCUCAUUGCAUUGACAAUAGCUGCAAUCUACUGCCAUUUCUAUCUUGAAAGGGAAAUUUUUAUUGAGAUUUUUGCUGCCUUCACAACUGAGACUUAUCAUGUUUCUGUAACUGAGAUGCAUCUUACUUUCAUUGAUAUCAAUAGUUUCUCGAGAAUUUUAUAUUAAUUGUAGGUUCAAGGUUUUCCAUUUAUAUUUAUUUAUUAUAUUACGUGUUUGAAGUUCAUUAAAAACUAUAUUAUUCUACUCUAGUAAAGAGAGAAGAGUGAUAGCAA